UCUCUCCUCCUCCUACAAUCAAUCACUACCUCCUCUCAUGUUCUCUCUCUCUCUCUCUCUCUCCAUAAUUCAUUCUCUCUCUCUAGACAUCAUUCAUAGAUGAAAUGAAAAAGAAAGACCCAGUUGCUGCUAAUGUCCAACAUGGUGACCCAACACCACAGCAACCACCUGUUAAUAUUGUACUAGUACCACCAGACCCUCUUUCUUUAGCCUCUGAAUUAUCUCAUCAACUACCCAACCAACACCAACUACCAAUAACUGCCAAUAUCACCACCGCCACCGCCACCUCUCCUUCAUCUUCAUCUUCCUCUCCUUCAAGUGGUGGAGCUGCUGCUUUUGCUGGUUCUGGUGGUGUUGGUGGAUUAACAACUACUCAUCGUCAUAAACCGGUAAUAACCACUGGAAAACAUCCGCUUUAUCGAGGAAUACGAUGUCGGAGUGGAAAAUGGGUAUCGGAGAUACGUGAACCACGUAAGACAACAAGGAUUUGGCUUGGUACAUUUCAAACACCGGAGAUGGCGGCUAUUGCAUACGAUGUGGCUGCAUUAGCUCUAAAAGGUAUUAAUGAUGCUGUUUUAAACUUCCCUGAUUCUGUAUCAUCUUAUCCAAAACCAGCUUCGUCUUCGCCCAACGAUAUACGUGCAGCCGCUACUGCUGCUGCUUCAGCUGCUUCUUCUUCUUCAGCGGCCUUGAGCGGCCAGGAGAAGAUGCCACCAUCUCAGGGUACUACUAGUCAAGACGAUAUCAACAAAGACGGCUUAAAUGAUGAUAUGAAGAAAGAUGAAGGCGCUGGCUCAUCUGCUAAUACGUUGAAUGAUGGAGAUGAUAGAAAUGAUAAUGAAUUCAUGAUAGACGAAGAAGAGAUUUUCAAUAUGCCGAAACUACUACUGAAUAUGGCUGAAGGAAUGCUUGUAAGUCCACCGAGGAUAAUUUCGCCGCCAUCUCACGACUCACCGGAGAACUCAGACUGUGAAAGUUUAUGGAAUUACUGAUCAUAAAUAUACUUAUAUAACAAAGAUUAAGCUAGUUAUAUAUAUUACUACUUGAUCAUAAUCAUCAUGAAAUCCACUCCUCCUGCCAGAAUUAGAAUAUAUACCAAAAAGAGGAAAGAAAUAAUCAUAAGUAUUAAUUUUUUUCAUUAAAAGUACUAUAGUAUUCCCUACUUAGUCAUAUAUUUAUGAGUUAAUAGUGAUGAUCAGUACGUACGUAUGACUGACAUUUGGUUAAAGAAUGUAGGGCUGAUUUACUGACCUUGCUUGUUUGUUGGGUUUUCGAUCGUGAAUUUAGUGAUGAAGAAUGUGAACGGGAAAUUGCAAUACUAUCAUCAUGUAUCAUGGUCGUCACUACGUACCUAAUUUAUCUAGAGAAAGAACUUUAAACCGGAAAAGCCAAGUAAAGAUCAGUCAUUGGUGGUCAAUUAAGGGUAAACACUGCUUUUAGUAGACAUCGAUCGAGCCGGCAGAAACUUGAAAGUACUCAUUUUGCUUGCUGCCCCAGCACAUGCGUUGCGACUUUGACGAAAAUUAGGCAUUACAGCGUUAGCCAGAUGCAUUAGCCAAAUGAUGCAACUCUUCACUCUCCGCCCCAGUGUUUAUUGUGUCGCUUGUUGCUUCGACUGAACUGAGUAAUUAAGUGGUUAAUCGGAUAUGUAUUGAAGCUUUUGUGCAAACUAAAGUAUAUGUAUCCUUUAACUUCUGUGUUCUGUUUCUACAAUGAAAAUAGAUGGAGGUUUUACUUA